ACAAUUUCUGGAGCGGUGUGUUACAUAAACAGCACUGAAUGACGAAAAAAAAAGCCCUAAAGGCGAACAGGACUUGGUGUUGAAUCGAGGAGCUUUCCAGCUGCAGGUCUCUGCUCAGAGAGAAGGAGGAUGAUGAUGAUGAGGAUGAUGAUGGAGGGAAAAUGAUGCAGAUGCUUUUUUCUCCUUCAAACGGAUUUAUUCGGCAAUCCUAUACUGGCGUUUUUGGUCAUUUGCACCGGGCCUGCGGGCGCGCGCAGAUCAGCAAACCGAGCUCGAGGCUUCCGGGGCCGGUCGGUCGGUCGGUCUGUCGGUCCGUCUGCACGCGCUUCAGACUCAUGAGGACCAAGUCACAGCCAUAACAAACGCUGAGUGUAAUGUUAGGGCUGGAGUGUGUGUUACCAAGGGAAUGAGACUGCGUGGCAGAGAUCUGGAAGAUUCCACCGGCUCCUGGAUACCGAGCAUCCUGCGCGUGCAGACUGUCAGGCUUCGCCUUCGCCUCGAUCGCCGCACCGACAGGGGGCGGAGCCUCUGGCAGCUGGUUGACCUGAGCGGAGAGACGAGUGGGCGGGGUUUAUGGAAUAGGACUCCGCCCACUUGUUCACAGAGUCUGAUGAGUAUUCCUACAGCAGCGUCUGGACAGACAGGGGGUGGAGACAUGCAGUCACCUGGGGCAAUAAGCCCCUCCUUCCUCCCACCUUCAACGGGAAAGGUUCCGGGUCGCAAGAGGGGAAGGCCGCCACUCAAAAGGCAUCCUGAGUAUCAGAAUCGCUACCCAGAAUCCCUCCCUCCCAUCAAAGUGCCUAAGAAGAGAGGGAGGAAGCCUGGAUUCAAGCUGAAGUCCCGGUUGGCGAUGACUCCAUUGGCCAUCUCCCCUCCCAGCAGCACUCCAGAACCAGACAUGAGCUCCAUCCCUCAGGACGCUGCCACUGUUCCUCAUUCGGCCACACCAGAGGUCCUUACAGUGUGUAUCUACGUGAAUAAGCAGGUGAACACUGGCCCGAAUCUGGACAGGCAGAAAGUCAUGCAGCUUCCCGAUCAUCUGGGCCCCGCGCGACCCUCCGUGGUGCUGCAGCAGGCCGUGCAGGGUUGCAUCGACAGCGCUUACCAGCAGAAAACAGUCUUUACCCUGCUCACACAGGGCUACGGAGGAGAAAAAAUAUCAGCCACUUUUGACGGCAAGCAGCACCUUCUGAGUCUGCCAGUGGUGAACAGUGUGGGUUAUGUCCUUCGCUUUCUAAAAAAGCUCUGCCGGAGCCUUUUGUGCGAGAACCUCUUCAGUGAUCAGCCAAUUGCACCUUCCUCGUCUCCCUCCUCCUCUUCUUCGGCUCACACAGACAAGCAUUCAGACGAACAAUCCAAGUCGACAGACUCUAUGGUGGAUGAUUACCACUCUGAAGCAGUCGAGUCCAAGCGCUACUCGGUCGACCAUACUGACACGUCCUUUGGUGUAAUGACAUCACCAUACAUAGCCUCGAAAUCCAACUACGGGUUUCGCUCUGGUGCCACCUACUCUUCUGGGGCAGUUUGCAGACCGGCUGCCAGUCCCAGUUCAUUCCAGGAAGGAAACAGAAGUGCCUACAGUCCGUCCCCAGAGGCAGGUGAGUCAAAGCCUCCUCCGAGUAAAGACCCGUCCCGGUGGAGUGUAGAGGAGGUGGUGUGGUUUAUCAAAGAUGCAGACCCUCAGGCUCUCGGUCCACAUGUGGAACUCUUUCGGAAACACGAGAUUGAUGGAGAUGCUCUCCUGCUGUUGAAGAGUGACAUGAUCAUGAAGUACCUGGGACUCAAGCUUGGUCCAGCACUCAAACUCUGUUACCACAUCGACAAGUUAAAACAAACCAAGUUCUGAAAUGCUGAAAGGCCAUUACCACAACCUUGAUUCUACUUGUCCCACACACACAUAUACACACACACACACACACACACACACACACACACACACAAAACACACACAAGCAUGCUUAUCUCCUUCUCACAAAUGCAAACACACAGUCUCACACACCGUGACGGACCACUUACUUGGUUUUCAUUAGUGUUCUUCAUAUGUUCCUCACCUACCAAGUGCCCGUGGACUUUUAAAAUUUCUGUGAUUAUUUUGGACACUAAUUGACAAUUCCAUUGAGCUUCUUUCAACAAGAACUGACAGCAUGAUGAGCCAUCUAUGAUGACAGUUAGAACUGGGACUUUCACAGAGCUUUUGGAAUUAUGCAUACUGAAGUUAGAUAAAGAUAAGAAAAAUUUAAGGAAGUACAAUAAAUCGGACUUGGAUAACAAAAUCCUGCCUUGUCAUGGACUGGACCCAUAUAGGUUUGUAAACUUCACACAACCUUUGGAUCGUCUAUCGCCACUUUGUGGUCAAACAAAGACAUUACAGGUUGUGACGUUGGAUCCCAUUUUUCCAAGAGCAGCUAAACAAGACUUGAUCAUACUUAAAAGUGAAGUCACUGAAAUCUGAAAUUCUAACUUUUCAAACACACAACAGGGCUAUUACUGGUUUAACCAGCAGCGACAUACAGGCACCGUGGACCAAUCAUAAAAUACAAUAUGGGUUUUGCACAGAUUAGAGCAUCACGGUUUCAAGCUUCACACGGAAAAAUCUGCAUUUGUAUCGCAAACCAGCACUGAGAGCAUGCAUUGCAGUACAAUCCUGGGUUUCAACUGAAAGGACCAAAUCCCUUGUAGAACCAUGGCAAGUUUCUUCUGUUUACCGAAUCCCACAUUCACCUGCCUCAGUUCAGAUCAGUAAGGUGCACAUAUUACAUAUUACAGGUGAAGAUAUUGGGAAAUGGAUUAGUCUUUCGGUUAGAACAUCUCUGAAGAUCAUCAUAUACAAUGUUUUACUAAUAAAAAUACUACAGAAGGUUCAAUAUUAUACUGAAAUACAUAAAUAGUGUGUUAAUAUACAGUACUAGCAUGCCGAUUCAGCCCAAAACCUCUACUAGGUUAAUUUUACCAGAAGAGUGAAGGCCACAAUUCACUGGUUAUUAUUAUUAUUAUUAAUUUUAUUAUUAUUAUUAUUAUUAUUAUUAUUAUUAUUAUUAUUAUUAUUAUUAUUAUUAU